ACUGCCGCCAGUCACUAUCACGCUCUUCACACUGUAGUUACCGGCUAAAAACAUGACAACCCUAUCAUCCGCGCGCUCGCUAUUUUCCUCCACAUUUUCCCUCGUUUUCUCACCUCCCAAACACACCCUCAAAAACAAAUUCCCUUCCCUUUCCUCCAUCAAACCCUACUCUCAAUCCUCCAUCAAAAUGUCCUCCACAACGAUCGAGCACAUAGUCCUCUUCAAAGUCAAAGACAACACCGACCCCACAAAAAUCAACACCAUGCUCACUUCUCUAAACGCCCUCGUUUCACUCGACCCGGUUCUCCAUCUCUCCGCGGGUCAGCUCCACCGGGUCAAGUCAUCUCCGAUUCCGUUCACUCACGUGCUCCACAGCCGUUACUCUUCUAAAGACAAUCUCAACGCUUACUCUGCUCACCCCAGCCACGUCAGCGUUGUUAAAGAGCAUGUUCUCCCUGUCUGCGAUGACAUCAUGGCCGUCGAUUGGAUUGCCGAUGAUCUGGACGGACCAUUGGUUCCGUCUCCUUGCUCUGCUAUUCGUUUGACCUUUUUGAAAUUGAAGGAAAAUUUGGGGGAGGAAGUGAAAAAUGAGAUUUUAUCUGUUAUUAAAAGCAUAAAAUCGAGUUUUGGAGGGAAUAUUAUUAAACAAAUUAGCUGUGGAGAGAAUUUUUCACCUGCUAGAGCAAAAGGAUACUCGAUUGCUUCGAUUGCGGUUUUUGAUGGAUUAAGUGAAAUGGAGACUGUGGAUUCUAAUGAAGAAAUUGUUAAUUUGCAAAAGGAGAAGGUUAGGGAUUACUUGGAGAGUGUUAUUGUUAUUGAUUAUGUGGUGCCAAACCCGCAAUCCGCUAGUCUUUAAUGAUUUUCGCCUUUCUUCCGAAGGCUAACAUUUCAGGUUUCUUGAAUAAUAAUGUUUGAUAUCCAUGUGUUUGGAUUAUCUGUUGUUGUUGUUGAAAUUGUAUGCACAUUGUUUUGAAAUGGUUUUAGUUGUUUUGUUUGCGCUAGCAGUAUAAGUGUGGUGUAUCACAUUGUUGUUUAAUUGAAGCAUUUGGAAUGAAUGUGAA